AUGCAGCCUUAUCCAGGGAAUCAAUCUCCAAUAUACGGUAAUCCACCCUAUCCUCAAAUGUCACCACCUUUUCAAAUGCCUCCACAAGCUCAGUACCAACCAGGACAACAGUACGUCAUGACUCCAGGAUUUCAGGGACAAGAAUUUAUCUAUGCCCCAUUUGAUGAUGAUACAGUGAGAAAUCGUUUUAUUAGCAAAACCCGGAAUUUCAUUAUGGAUUAUAAAAAACCCUAUUACGCUUUGGUUAGCACUACAAUUGCGCAAUCUUUUCUAUUGGCAGUGAUUUCGUGUGCCUAUUCAACGUAUAAUGUUUUGACAGCAGUUGGAAUAACUUUUAUGAUUUGUCUAUGUGCUACUAUAUUCGCUCGUACAACCAGCAUUGAUUUUACUAAAUGCUGGCUUGUUCUCUUCAUGAUGUUAAUUGCACUCAUAUUUAUGGGUAUAGCAAGCAUGUUUGUUUAUGCGUAUUACGGUAGAAAUAAUGUGUUUCAUGUGAUAUACGGAGGAUUCGGUGCUGUUGUAUUUACUCUUUAUUUGAUAUAUGAUACUCAACUACUGAUUGGUGGACGAACGUAUUCACUUAAUCCAGAAGAAUACAUUUUUGGCACAUUAGUACUCUACAUUGAUAUUAUAAUGAUAUUCACGUAUUUAAUGAAAUUAAUUGGCGGAGAAUAUUAAUUAAUCAAUGGUUACUCAACCGGU